GGGGAUAUCCUCUGGCCGAAGCGCGACGCGAGGGGCGGGGGGCGCGCGCCGAGGUUGCUUCUGCUCUGGCGGGGUAGCGGGGGCUGCCCUCAGUUUUCUCCUCAGUUGAAGGAGGAGGAGGGCGGCGGCGGCGGCGGGGAAGGUGCACGCGCGUGGCUGAGAGAGGAAGAAAUAAGGCAGCCAGCGAGCUAUGGCGUCUCUGAAGAGAGGGGACUUGAGCGAGGAGGAAAAGGAGUUGCUGGGAGUGAUUGGGAAAGGAAGCCCUGAAGAAGCUGCACGACUGCUUGGAAGCAAGAAUGUUCGUGUGAAUUGUUUGGAUGAGCAUGGCAUGACUCCUCUGAUGCAUGCGGCAUACAAAGGGAAAGUUGAGGUGUGCAAACUGUUGUUGCGGCAUGGGGCUGAUGUUAACUGCAACGAACAUGAACACGGAUAUACGGCUCUGAUGUUUGCUGGGCUCUCAGGCAACAAGGAAAUUACGUGGAUGAUGUUGGAGGCUGGAGCAGACACAGAUGUCGUGAACUCAGUGGGAAGGACAGCAGCACAGAUGGCUGCCUUUGUGGGUCAACAUGACUGUGUCACUGUUAUCAACAACUUCUUUCCACGAGAAAGGUUGGAUUACUAUACAAAACCACAAGGACUUGACAAAGAACCCAAACUGCCAGUCAAGUUAGCUGGACCUCUGCAUAAGAUCAUUACAACUACCAAUUUGCAUCCUGUUAAGAUUGUGUUACUAGUGAAAGAAAACCCUCUCCUAGCAGAAGUUGAAGCAAUGCAGAAAUGCUACAGAGUGCUGGAUCUGAUUUGCGAGAAGUGUAUGAAGCAGAGAGAGAUGAAUGAAGUACUGGCAAUAAAAAUGCACUACAUUAGCUGUAUUUUCCAGAAAUGCAUCCUCUUCCUUAAGGAGCGAGAGGAUAAAUUGGAUGGAUUAAUAAAAAGCCUAUUAAAAGGCAGAGAUGCAGAUGGUUUCCCAGUAUUUCAAGAGAAGUUCAUCCGAGAAUGCAUUCGAAAAUUUCCUUACUGUGAAGCAACCUUGCUCCAGCAGCUUGUGAGAAGCAUUGCCCCAGUUGAAAUUGGCUCUGAUCCUACAGCUUUCUCUGUACUGACACAAGCAGUCACUGGCCAAGUGGGCUUUGUGGAUGCUGAGUUUUGUACGACAUGUGGGGGGAAAGGUGCAGCCAAAAGAUGUUCCGUAUGCAAAAUGGUGAUCUACUGUGAUCAAGACUGCCAGAAAAUGCACUGGUUUACACACAAGAAAGUAUGCAAGACAUUAAAGGAAGCCCACGAGAAGCAGGAGUUGGAAGCUGCCAAAGCAAAGAAACAGCAAGAAGCAAAGCAAAAGAGAGAGGCAACACAUGCAGCAGAAUCUGCUUUAACAAGUGAAGAGCAGUCGGCCUCUGAACCAGGAGACAAUAAAGAAGAGGACCUCAAAUGCGUGGGAGACAGAACUGAGGAGAUGGUUCCUAAGAAGGAGGUGCCUGCACUGUCCCCUCAGGAUGACAAGGCCCUUGAAGGAGAGACUAGUCUAGCAGACAUCACGGUUGAAAAAGCUCACGAGUCUGAAGAGUAACAAAUGCUGGAGAGCCCAAGGCUUUAUGGAGGAUUUCCUCUAGACCACAACAUCGGGAUAUGCAGGUCAAUGGAAUGCAGUUAUAAUGCUCACUCUUGACAUAUGCUGUGAUCCAGCAUAUGUCUACUUAUUUGUCCUGUGUAACUACAUCACAUCAUCCUAGAUUGUGAUGACAAGAGCUGAACCAUCUGAUCAAAACUGUGUAAGAGCAUACCCAUCUGCCUUCAUACCUGCACAAAGCGUAGAAGACUUAAAAGGUGUCUGAGAAGAGAGCCAUUUGCUAGCAAAAUUUUAAAAAAUAUCUUAGACUUCAGUGCAAUAAAGCGCUUGGUCAUGAUACUGUUAGAUCGUAAGGGGUGCAACCAUCUAAAAGUUAAGUUUUUCUGGCUACAGAUUUUGAAAGCCAGUACUGCUACCAGUCUGUUUUCAUUAAACAAAAUCCUGCUCAUCUA